AUGAAGUUCUUUGAUAAGAAGAGAGAUUUGGAGACAUUUCAAGAUGGCGGUCAAAUUGCAGGAGUGGAUGACAUGGAACAAGGUUACUUAGAAGAAGCCUUUGAUCAGGACUAUGAACCUGAAGAUGAAGAUGAACGUGAUUUCAAUCUACACGGACAAUUUGAUGAUAUUGAUGACUGCGAAAGAGAAGAGCUCUUGGCAGAUGCAGACAAUGAUGUCGAUGAUAUGCCAGAACUCACUGUCAGAUUCCGUGGAGAUGACAACUAUGAAUCAGACGACAAUUCGGAUGAUGAAGGCGACAAAGAGGAAUAA